CCUGCCCGUUGCUUUGCUCCCCCCUUCGGCAUCUCUACCUGCGUGCGUCACCGGCAUUUAAUCCCGCGUUCCAUUCCGAACAGCGAGCACAACCACCGCUGCUGCGAUCUCGCCGUCUCCCUCCUCCACGCCGUCUCGGUCUCCCUCCCAUGGCCGGCUACCCGCCUCCCGGCUCCGGCUACCCCUACGGUCCCGGCGGGGGCUACGGCGCCCCGCCGCCGCCCUACGGCUCCUCGCCCGCGCCCUCCGCCCCGCCGUACGGCGAGAAGCCGCCCAAGGAAGGCAAGACCUCGACCUCCUCCGCGCCCCCCUACUACGGCGCGCCUCCCCCAUCCUACGGCGCGCCGCCCCCCUCCCAGCCCUACGGCGGCGGGGGCGGGGGCGGGGGCGGGUACGGGUACGGCGCCUCGCAGCCGCCGCCCUACGGCGGCGCCCCGCAGCAGCAGCCCCCGUACGGGGGCGGGGCCCCGGCAGGGUUCGGCAGCCCGUUCGCGUCGCUGGUGCCCUCCGCGUUCCCGCCCGGCACCGACCCCAACGUCGUGGCCUGCUUCCAGGCGGCCGACCGCGACGGCAGCGGCAUGAUCGACGACAAGGAGCUGCAGUCCGCGCUGUCCGGGUACAACCAGAGCUUCAGCCUCCGCACCGUCCACCUCCUCAUGUACCUCUUCACCAACACCAACGUCCGCAAGAUCGGACCCAAGGAAUUUACUUCUGUGUUUUACAGUCUUCAGAACUGGAGAGCAAUAUUUGAGAGGUUUGAUCGUGAUCGAAGUGGCAGGAUCGACAUGUCAGAACUGCGCGAUGCUCUUCUCAGUCUCGGAUAUUCUGUGUCUCCAACUGUCCUUGAUCUGCUUGUGUCUAAAUUUGACAAGACUGGGGGCAAGAGCAAAGCAAUCGAAUAUGACAACUUCAUUGAAUGCUGCCUCACUGUUAAGGGGCUGACAGAGAAGUUCAAGGAGAAGGACACCGCCUACUCUGGGUCGGCGACUUUCACCUACGAGGCCUUCAUGCUGACCGUGCUGCCUUUCCUCAUUGCGUAGUGGCAGUCCACUCCGCCGCUCAAAACAAGCUUUAUAAGCUUUUCCAAUAGUACUGUAAUAUUAUGCCUGCUGUAAAGAGAUUUAUGUUCGCAGAGUUGUUUUUAGACGAGUUGUUUUGAUUCUGGAUUUAACUUGUGUUGUGAAUCAUAAAGUUGCUCUGAAAUGGAGAAUGUACCUGUUGGUUGAA